UCGCCAGCGCACAACUGAAAGAUGACAGGUGUCAUGUUCGUGAUGUGACGUGCGUGCUUCGGUUCGUGCAUUGAAUAAAAAUUAAAAUAAAAAUCAAAAGGGGAUUGGGAAACCAAGCCCAAAAAUUGUGGAAUUCCGAGUUUUUCACUUUAUAGCCAGGUACUAAAUAGGCUGACAAGAUGCAAACGAUCAAAUGUGUGGUGGUAGGAGAUGGGGCAGUUGGUAAAACCUGUUUACUUAUCAGCUACACAACCAAUAAGUUUCCCUCCGAGUAUGUCCCUACAGUGUUUGACAACUAUGCUGUUACUGUUAUGAUUGGUGGUGAACCUUAUACAUUAGGCCUAUUUGAUACAGCAGGACAAGAAGAUUAUGACCGUUUGAGACCACUCAGUUAUCCCCAAACAGAUGUUUUCCUUGUGUGUUUUUCUGUGGUUAGUCCAUCAUCAUUUGAAAAUGUAAAAGAAAAGUGGGUACCAGAGAUAACACAUCACUGUCAGAAGACGCCGUUCCUGUUAGUGGGGACCCAAGUGGAUCUACGUGACGACGGUGCAACCAUUGAAAAAUUGGCCAAAAACAAGCAAAAGCCCAUCUCCAUUGAGCAGGGGGAAAAGUUAGCCAAGGAACUGAAAGCUGUAAAAUACGUCGAGUGUUCCGCACUAACACAGAAAGGCCUUAAAAACGUCUUCGACGAGGCGAUUUUGGCCGCUUUGGAGCCGCCCGAGCCGGUUAAGCGUAAAAAGUGCGUUAUUUUGUAAGGCGCAUUUGAAAUUAAAAAAAAAAUUACAGCUAGAUGGGAGGUAAAGGCAUUGUUGCUAGCUCCUAAAGCUACGGGGGCAGCAACCUUUUUAUACUAAAUUGGUGUUUUUUCUAUCAAAUGACGUUAAUAUCAUUAUUAUUAAGUGGAAAUAAUUGCGUAAUAAGUCCAAAAACUAGCACAAUCAAUAAUUCCUUUAAAAGCCACACUAAAAUAUAUUGUAACGCAGCGUGUCUCAGUAUUGUUUUGGUGCUUUCAAUUGGAGACAUACUGUAUAUAGGGUUUCUUCCUGAACAAAUAAAUUGAAUUAAUAAUAGUUGACCCUGUAUAUUCAAAUAAAGAAAACAAUUUUUUUAAACUUAAAAUUGUUUUCUUUAAAUAAUGUAAAUAAUUUUAUAUUACCUUUAUUAUUUGUAAGAAUAUAAUAUAUAAGUGCAUUUAAUUAAAAAAGAAAACACAUUGUCAUCUCGUUCAUUUACAAAUUAUGGUCUGAGGUGUAUUUGAAGAGUUAUUUUAUUUUAUUAUUAAGUGUGAAUGUUCUAAUAAAGUAAGGCUUAUUAAUGACCCUUUGAAUGCCAAUUUACUACUUGUGACACGCCUUCAAAUGGUCAUUAAAGUAGAAAACUAUAAUCCAAAUGGUUUCUGUAAUAAUAAUUUUAUUUAUAAAAUAUUUAACAAGGCAUAUAUACAUAUUAUAAUUUAAUACUAAUAAAUAAAGUAAUGCUUUCAA